AUGCCUCUCUGGAUAAUCUACCACCCACCCAACACCUUCACCUCCCUCCCCGACAAAACCGCCCUCGCAAACGAAAUCACAAAACUCUACACCAUCGUCGGCCUCCCUAGAUUCUACGUAAACGUCCUCUUCCAGCCCAUUCAACCCGAGUCUUUCUUCAUCGGCGGCGUACCCCGUCCCUCUCCCAUGACUGACGCCAACAAGCCCGGCCGCGAUAGCUCAGUCCCCAUGAUACGAAUCAAGAUGGAACAUCUUGCGAGGCAAUUUACUUCACUCGAGCACAAACACCGCUUUAUGGAUGCCGUGGAUAAGGCGCUGAAACCGUUUAUCGCGGAUAAAGGGUAUGAUUGGGAGUAUAGUUGUGAAGAUGUGGAUAGGGAUCUGUGGAAGGUGAAUGGGAUGGUGCCGCCGAUGCCGGGGACGGAGGCGGAGAAGGAGUGGGCGGAGAAGAAUGUUGCUGUGCCUUUUGAGGCUGCGAAGGGGGGGUUGGCGGGGAAGUUGUGA